UUCCUGGUUUGCUGCCACUUUUUCUACUGUAGCAUCAUGGCGGGGAGAAAGUGGCAGCAAAGUGUAACCCUCUCAUUUGAGGCUUUACUGUUUCAUCAGCUUCUGAUAGGAUUCAUCUUCAUCGGCGGGGUAGGCACCAGCUCGCUGUCUGAUAGCCAGGUCAAACCUGUCAGCGAUGCAAACUGGACGCUUAUUUUGGAAGGAGAAUGGAUGUUAAAAUUCUAUGCACCAUGGUGCCCUGCAUGCCAACAGAUACAGUCGGAAUGGGAGGAUUUUGCUAAGGAGAGUAAGGCCCUUGGCAUCACAGUGGCAAAGGUGGAUGUCACGCAGGAGCCAGGUCUAAGUGGACGUUUCAUGGUGACAACACUGCCUACAAUAUUUCAUGCAAAAGAUGGAUCAUUUCGAAGAUAUCUGGCAUCCAGGAGUGUCGAGGACCUCCAGAGUUACAUUUCAGAGAGGAAGUGGGAAGCUGUAGACCCUUUACCCAGGUGGAAGUCCCCUUCUUCAAUUCCGAUGAUGGCAAUGGCUGGUCUCUUUCGCCUGUCUGUCUGGAUACGACACAUCCACAUGUACUUGACCGAGAAACUUCACAUUCCAGUGUGGGGAUCCUACGCCAUCUUUGCCUUUGCUACUCUGCUGACUGGACUUUUCUUUGGCCUGAUACUCGUACUAAUUGCCGACUGUUUAUGUCCAUCCAAGCCGCAAAGUAAAGAUACCAAAACAGAGGUCUAUUUAAAGAAUCUCUCGUCAGAUGAUGAGCCAGGUAACUUUUCAGAAGAUACCAAACUGUCUGAGAUGGACAAUGAGCAGGAGGAUCAGGCGUCAGGAGAGGACAUGGGAAGUGAUGAGGCAUCUGGGACAGAGGGCCAAGAGGACGAGGACGAGCUUCACAGGAACUCGUAUGAUGACAUUGCAGCAAGUGGUGUAAGAAAGAGAAAACAGCAGGAUUCGGGGGAGAACGAAGAAGACGACUGAGCAGCAAUAGUGCUUUGUUUUUUUUUUAUCCAAUGGGGACCAAAGAAAGAAGCCACUUUUGGACUAUUUCAUAAAAUGAUUACAAUGCAUAGCUUUUAUAGUUUUAUACAGUUUUCACUGUACUCAGAAUUGUUACUUUAUAUUUCUUAAAUUGUAUGCAUAUACUAUGUGCGUGUGUGUAUUUAUAUAUAUAUAUAUAUAUAUAUAUAUAUAUAUAUAUAUAUAUAUAUAUAUAUAGUAAUGGGAUCUGAAAGUAUGAGAACAUAAUACUAUGUUUUAUAUUUAUAUAGUGUAUAUAUAUCCCCAUCAAGCAGGAUGCAUAUUUCUAGAAUCCUUGACCUAAAAAAGAAAACAUCAGAUUGACAUAUACUUUGCCCAAAAAUAUUCAAAGAAACUCACUAAAAAUUAACAAAUACACAAAACAUCACCCCACAAAAUUGUGUAUGCAACCAACCCUGCAACUUGAUAAGUGAAAUUUUAAAUAGGAAAUAAGAAAAGAUGACAGAGUCGUCUCUGACCUGUGUACUAAUGAAAUGCAUUGUGCUUUUCAUUCCAAGAGAUGGUGCAGGCAGUCAGCACUUUAACCUAAUAAAGGAAAUUUUAACUAGAAAAAAAGACAAGAAAAUGAAGUUUUUGUUUGUGGUUGCCAUUCCAUCUGCAUGUUUUGUUCUUUGAGGCAUGGUGGCGCAGUGGUUAGCACAGCUGCUUCCCUAGUGACCAGGAACAAUUACAACACCAUUAAAAAUCCACUCAAAAUGUUUCUGAACAUUCCAUAAUUUCACCGAAUUUGAGGAUACGUGAACUCCGCAGGGUUCCCUCGUCACUAAUGAUAACGUAUGACACACACACACACACACAUUGUGACCAUUGGAGAGUGUGAAGGUUUACACCAUCCAGUGUUGUGUUAAUACAAAGACAACAUAAAUCACUUGGCUUUGCUAUUGUAUUUCAUAUUUUCUUUCUAGUUGUGAAUCUGUUCAUUUUUAUUUUUAUAUUCUGUAUGCAUUGUUUGAAAAUAUGUUUAGCAUUUUGCACCUAUUUAUAUUUUAAGAAAGUCUUUUAAAGCUUUGUUCAUUCUGGCAGAACAGAAUGCAAGAGAUACAGCAACAGUAUUUUAUCAGAAGUGUUUGUAUUUUGAAUUGUUUGAUCCUUAUUUUUGAAUAUUUUUUUAGCAUUCACUUUUAUUGAAACAAAUAAGAAUAGUGGACUGUAGACCUGCCACAGAUGUGUCUGUAAAUGAGUUUGUAAAGACAAACCUCACCCAACAACUGCUGGGCUGGUCCAUUGUUUGUAUUAGAGUCUCCCUCUAGUGGUGGAAAUUAGUACAGACAUUAACUGUUCUAUCGCAGAGCUUGUUUUUAACAAAGAAAGUAGUUUUAUAUUUGUAAUUCAUUACUGCCAUCUGUCCUCGUUAUAAACCAUUUAAAAUCUGGGAUAAUAAGAAACAUAAUGCAUUUCUCCUUCUGUGAUUAACCUGCAGUAUAUUGGGAGUAUUGGCAACUUGUUAAGUAUACAAAAUGUUUUAUGACACAGGAGUGUAACAUUCAGUGUUUAAUGAGAUUGUUAUUGUUUACGUGUUACUCGUUUAGAUUUUGAAGGAGUUCCUAAUGAAGACCACCCUGUAGUCCGUCCCAGCUCUCUAUGUUUGUCCCCAAAUUCCUUCCAGUUGUCUUUUCUUUUUUUCCAUAAUAAAAUUUAAGCUACCGCCAUUUCA